CCUGGAUAGACAAAGCUCCAGUUCCGGUAAAUUCUCAACCAAACCACCCCCACGCUCCCUGCUCCCGACGACGUCGAAGAACCAAUUGUGCAGUCGCAUCACCUCACGACACAAUUUGCCCAAUCAUUGUCACCUCCUGCGACUCGCGAAGCACUCAACAACCCUCGGCGCGUCGAGUCGCGUGAGCUGUGCGAUUUCCAUCACCCGCUACGAUCCCCGAAGAACCUUUACGAUUCUCCGAUCUGCGACAAGCCGCACGAAGACGAAACAACGCACGAUAAAAAAAAAAUAAGACAACGGGCAAUGGACAAGCCGAACGCGCUCGGCAUCACGGCCGAUGAAUUCAAGGCGAUUGAGCAGACGCGCCAGCGUCUGUUCCAACUCUCCAACAGUAUCCAGGGUCUGCGGAUGGACGUCUUGAAGAGCAACCCGCUUCCUCCCCCGGCAUCCCUCCAAGCGCAAUCCCAAAUCCUCCUCCGCAACCUCCAAUCCCUCCUCGAGACCCUGACAGAAAACACCCACGUCUUCCAGCACCUCCACGUCUUCCCGGACGUCGCCUACCCGGGCCGCGUGCACGAGAACAUCCUGCUGCAGCUGCUCCGCAAGAAGCUCGAGCCGGGCGUCGAGGAGUGGGUCGAGCGCGGGCGGGAGACGACGCGGGAGCUGCGCGGUGCAAACGCGCCUCCUUCCUCGUCGGACGGCAGCAGUGUCGGCAUUGGCGGCGGGCCCGGUAUUGCUGGCGGACCUGUUGGUGCUGGCAACGGCGCCGGCGCCGGCGGCGAGGCCCAGCUCGAGGCGGUGUGGCGCGACGUGCGCGCGUGGACCGUCGAGCGGGUGCAAAAGUACGUCCUCGAGGAGGCGGGGGACGUGUAUACCGAGGACGAGCGGCGGAUGGGGGUGGAGAAUGUGAGGACUGGGCUGAGGAGGGGGCUCGAGGAGGAUGACGAUGAUGAGGACGACGAGGACGACGAGGAGGAGAGCGAUGAGGAGGGCGGCGGCGGUGGUGGUGAUGGGGACGUGGUCAUGUCUGGGCAGUCGCAGAAGACGAAGAAACCGACAAAGCCGACGGGCCCGGAGCCGGAGAUGCUCUUCUGGUUCGAGGCGAGGGGCGAUUUCGACUUGCCGCGCAACGUGGACUUGCUGAGCCAGGCUGGUAUGAAGCGUGGGCGGUGAAUGCAGGGGAUCAGGGGAAGCGAGGGAGGAGGAGAGAGGGUUUGAUUGAAGAGCGGGAUGUAUGAUACCCGGC